AUGUCGGGUUCCCUGGAACUUGGAGUAACAGACCAGUAUAUGGAAUCAUCCCAUGAGACCAACAAGUUAGCUAUUAAAAGAAGCAUUUAUGGACUGAGCUUUCGAGAGAAGUUGACAAGUAACAAAAGUGUAUCUCCUCACCCUGAGAGGAUCAGUGAUGUAAAUCAGCAUUAGAAAAUUCACACUGCUAAGGAGCCCUGUGAAUGUAAAGACUGUAAAAAAGCCUUCCUAUGGCAUAAUCAGCUUACUCAACACCAAAAUAUUCACACUGGGGAGAACCUUCAUGAAUGUAUCAACUGUGGGAAGGCCUUCUGCUGGGGUUUGAGCUUUGUAAUUUAUAAGAAAAUUCACACUGGUGAAAAACCAUACUUAUGUAAAGACUGUGGGGAACCCUUUAGAUGAGGUGAUGAACUCAAUCUGCAUCAGCAGGUUCAUACUGGGGAGAGAGAUGAGUGUAACAAUUGUGGGAAGAUGUUUAGCCACCGCUAUAAACUUCUGCAACACAAGAGAAUCCACAGUGAUGAUAAGCUCUAUGAAUGUAAAGUCCGUGGGAAGGCCUUUAUUUGUAGUUCCAACCUCAGUCAGCAUAAGAGAAUCUACACAGGUCAGAAACCCUUUGAGUGCCAAGAGUGUGGGAAGUCCUUCACUAGAAUCAACUACCACACUCAGCAUCAGAUGACUCACACUGGGGAGAAGCUACAAGAAUGUCAGGAAUGUGAGAGGGCCUUUCAAUGGGUGUCAAGCCUAGUUAAACACAAGAGAGAGCAUUCAGGUGAGAAACCCUAUAAAUGUGCAGAAUGUAGGCAGGGCUUUAGUUGUGACUAUCACCUCACCCAGCAUGAGAGAAUUCACACUGGGGAAACCCCUUAGAAAUGUAAAGACGCUGGAACCUUUAUAAAUAGAUCAAGCCUUCUUAAAUGUGAGAGAAUUCAUACUGGAGAGAAAACCCAUGAGUGUGAGGAAUGUGAGAAGGUCUUUAGUCAUGGCCACCAGCUUAGCUGGCAUGAGAAAAUUCACAUGGCAAAAUUGUGUAAGGAGUAUGGGAGGGUUUACAAUAAUAUAAGCCAUCCCAGAGAACAUCCGAAGACUCACAAACAUUGA